AUGUCAAGUAUUUAUCCAAUUAAUAAUGAUUUAAAUAAUACAAUUCCUCUUUUAUCACAAAACCAAAAUAGUCUUUUAUCAUCAUUACCAAAAAAACCAUUACAUGAUCUGUAUAUUCAACAAUACCCAGUUAUUACAAAUUACUUUGAAAUUCAUUUUAGUAAAAUUCAUUUUGUUAGUUAUAAAGCUAAGUUUAUUCCAAAUACUCUUAACUCAUCACUUAAAAGAGCACUUUUAAUUGCACAUUUUAAUUCAAUUGGAUUACAUAAAAUUAUAACUGAUGGUUGUACGGUUUCAUUACCAGAAACAAUUAUUGAAGAACAUUGUCAUUUUUCAAUUCAUUCAAAGAACAAUAUUGUGUAUAUAGUUGAUUUAACACCAAUUCAUAGCAAUGUAUUUACAACUCAAAAAGCUAAUAUUUUAUUAAAAUCAAUAUUUGUAGAAGAUACUAAUUUUAUUGUGUCUUUCAAAAAAAGUUUUUAUGAUACUUCCAAAACAAUUGAAUUAAAUACUUCUGAUGGGAAAUUAAAAAUAUUAAAUGGAUUUUCAUCAACUUUACGUAUAUUUGGAAAUAAAACAUUUCUCGUUGUAAAUUCAUCUUAUAAAAUAUUUCAAACAAAAACAUUUUUACAAUUUAUGGAAAAUAAAAGUGUUGAACAAAUCAAAUUUGAAUUUAAACCAAUAUCUUUAUUUAAUUCAUUAACAAAAAAAUUAGUAAAAAUUGAUUCUAUUGAUUUUUCUAAAACACCACUGCAUACUUUUAAAUUGAAAGAUGGAAAAGAAAUAUCAUUUAUAGAUUAUUAUCAAUUAAAAUAUGGAGUAAUUAUUAAAAAUAUAGAACAACCUUUACUUGUACAAAAUAAUCCUUUCUUUAAAGAAAAUAAUAAGUUAAAUGAAUUUAGUUAUUUUAUUCCAGAAUUUAUGUAUAUGACUGGACUUUCUUCAAAAAUGAAAUCAGACAAAAAAUUAUUAUCUGAACUUGAAAAUAUUUUUUAUAAACCCCCAAAUAUUAAAUUAGAAAAUAUCCAAAGUCUUGUUUUACAAUAUAUUUGUAAACUUCCUAGUCUAAAUUUGUGGAAUAUUACUAUCAAUCCUAUUCCUUUGAAAAUUAUGGGAUUCAGAUUACAAAGACCUCAAUUAAUAUUUAGAGAUUCAUUUCUACAAUUACCAACAUUAAAAGAAUGGUCAUAUGACAUUAGAAAUAAAUUAUUAUAUAACCCUGUAACUAUUACUAAAUGGUGUGCUCUUGUCCCUACUCAAUAUCUUGAUUAUUUUAUUCGUUUUGAACAAAUUUUACAUCAAUUUCAUACAAAAAUACAUAUUGAAUAUACAUCACCAAAAAUUAUUAAAAUGAUUGGUCUUUCACUUGAUGAUUAUUUUAAUGAAAUUUUGAAUUAUAAAAUUGUAUUCGUUGUUCUUUUAAACGAUUCAUUAUAUGAAGACAUUAAACGAAAAUGUUUUGAUAGGGAAAUUAUUACUCAAUGUAUUCUUCCAGAUACUUUAAAAAAACAAAAUUUAUUUCCAAUUGUAAGUCAAAUAACUUAUCAAAUUCAAUCAAAGUUAGGAGGUAUUCCAUGGGACGUUCUAACUAAUAAUAAACUUUUUAAAACUAUGAUUAUUGGUAUUUCUGUAAUACCAUAUGAUGAUAAUAAAGAAUGUAUUUCACUUGUUUCAUCUAUGAAAUCUAAUUCAUUGGCCACAAGAAAAAAAUAUUCAACUAUUGAAAAAAAAGGGUGUGGGAAUGAAGGAUAUAAUAGUCAAAUAUUAAUUCAAAAAGCAUUAGAUGAUUGGUACAAAGAAAAUUUAGAAUACCCUUCUAAUAUUAUUAUUUAUAGAAAGGCAAAUAAAACUUCAUUAUUAAAAAUUAAAGAAGGAGAAUUAAGUCUUUUAAAACAAGUCAUUAGUUCAAAAGGUAUUCCUAUCAAACUUCUCUAUUUUAUUGUGUCAAGUAGAAAUGAUAUUAAAAUAUUUAGUCAAAAUUAUCAAAGUUAUUUUAAUCCUCAACCUGGAACUAUUAUUUGUGACACUAUCUUUGAACAUGAUAACUUUGAAUUUUAUUUAAUAAGUCAUAUACCAAUGAAAGGAGUUGUUCGUCCUGUUCUUUACACUUCACUUUAUAAUUCAACUGAAUUUACUCAACAACAAAUAUAUCAAAUUACAUUUGAUUUAUGUCAUUUACAUUAUUCAAUAUUAUCUUCUAUUUAUAUACCUGCUCAUUUAUUCGAAGCAAAUGAAUUAAGUCAUGUCUUAAAUAAAUGUGGCUAUACUAAAACUACUUUUACUGAAAAAUUUAAAAAUAAAAGAAACCAAUUAAGAAGACAACUUUUUGAUACACAAAGAGAACAAGACUAUGACAAAUCUUCAUUUGACCAAAAAAAAUUAAAGCUAAUGAAUACAAGAUAUGAAAAAACCUCUGAAAAAAUUCUAGAUUCAUCUAAUACCUCUUCAAAAACUAUUCUUCUUCAAGUGUCUGAAGAUUUAAAAAGUCAAAUAACACAAAAAAAACCUCGUCUUUCUAAAACCCUUUUAGAAAAAGAAGUAAAAAAAAAUAACACUACUACUCACAAAAAGACAAAAAAUAAAAGGACUUUUUCAUUAGAAGAAAUUAACACAGUCAGAAAAGGUACUCCUAUUUCAAAACCAGAAGAUCAUUCUGAUCUUAGUUUUAGUUAUGGGGUUAUUACAGAUGAAUCGCUUACUAACACCGAUUAUUAUGAUAUUAGUUCACAUCCUUAUUAUUAA